AUGCGCCCGAACAACGAACCCGACGAUGACGCGAUUAUUUUAGCGCCCGACCAAGCGACGCAAGUCGACCGCUUCCGCGAAGAACUCCGCAUCUGCGAGACCGAUGCGCAGCGAUACGAACUGUGCGUGCAGAAACGAGACGAGUUGCUCGAUCGGCAUGCCGGAGUGCAGAUCUUGGUCGCCGCCUGCGAGCAUGUCAUGUCGGCCGAGUGCCCCGAGUACAGACGGCGGAAGCAGACCAAGAACCGAGACUCGACCCAGCCAUCGCCGGUAAAUCAGGAGGACGAUGCAGCGCAGUGGGAUCGGUUUUUUGGGGUAGCCACAGACGGAUCCAAACGCCUCACUCCCCUGAAAGAGGUGGUGCGCUGCUGGGGUCGAGAUGUUGUCCAGCACUACCAGUGGUCCUCCAGGACAGAGAAAUACUGGAACCAGCUUCGCACCACGGCACGGAGAGUCCCUGCGUGGGAGGAAGCCGUGAUCGGUCUGAACCGGUCAAUGCUCCAACGGUCUAAGACUGUAGGGCGACGCCCGGUCCAGGCUUUAGUCAACCCAAUUGAGCAGGCCGAUCUAGAGAACGUCAGGAUUUGGUCGCGCGAACAUCCGUUU